AUGUUGAGAAGCAAUGAGGGUCUAUGUGGCUCUGGUGAAUGGGGUCCGACAACCAAAGAUGGCCUUGAACUCACUCCAUGCGCUCGAGAAGUCAUUCUUAAUGCUGCCAUUCCUAUAUGUAUUAUCAUAUUGUCUAUAUCAAACUUAAUAGUUCGUCGAUGUUGUGGACGAACAACUAGUCGAAGUUAUUAUGCUCCUUUACCAGAAAAUGAUCCGGCCGCAUCAAAUGAAUAUGGAUAUAUACCAGUUUCGAAAUAUGACAUUGCCCAAAUUAUUAUUUCUUUUUUUCAUUUGGGAUUUAUUGGAUUUCUAUUUGGCUGGCGGAUGGAUGAUGAGGGCUAUGCUGGACUAUAUUUAGUGAUUGGUGCUAUAGGUCAAUUUUUUUCCUGGUUAUAUAUUGGUGCAUUGAUAGCGUGUCAUUUUAUGACACGAAGAAAUCAGACUCAACAUGCAUAUUUAAGACAUCUUCUUUUGUUUUACGCGUAUUUUGUAAUAGUUGCGUUCAUUAAUCUUCGAUCAAUGCUCAAACAUGAACCGAAAGGUUUUGAAUUAGUUUUUUCAAUAUGGAACGUUAUUGCUUGUAGUAUAUUAUUAGCUUGCUCUCUUAAAAGACCAAGAAAUCCAGAGUUGAAAUAUGCGAGAAACCGAGUAAUAUCUCAUGAUACCAUUGCUUCCCUAUGGUCAUUAUUAUCUUUUUCAUGGAUGACACCGAUUAUCAAAUUAGGGAAUAGACGUGUUCUCAUUGAGGAAGAUUUAUGGGAAUUGCCAUCAAGGUGCCAGGCGUCUCAAUGUUAUCAUGAAUUAGAAAGAAUAACUAAUAUGGAUCUUUUAUCACGGUUACUUGUUGCCAACGCUACAAACUUAUAUCUAUCAGAUCCUCCGCAACAAUAUUCGGAAGAACCUUAUAUUUAUGUAUUUGGGAUUUUAAUAUCCGAACUCUUUAGAAUUAUUUUCUUAAAUCAAUUGAAUUAUCAAGUGGUAUGGCUUGGGAUUAGAGUGGAACAAAUGCUUAGUGUAUUGAUAUAUGAAAAACAAUUACGUUUGAAGACGUCUCCUAGAGCUGCAAGUAAUAGACCAAACAAUGUGCUCACAGCAGAUGUCGAUGAUAUUGCCGGUUUUUUCUCAAAUCUACCUUUUAUAAUUACAAUACCCCUCGAAAUUUUGGCUGCUAUGGUUUUUUUGUUUCGAUUGUUGGGCUGGCCUAGUUUAGUUGGUGUUGGUGUAAUGAUUUUGUGUCUUUGGAGCAAUAAAAGAUUUGGAAGACGCGUAACAAGAUUGCAAAAACGGGUAAAAAAGGCGAGAGAUGAUAGGGUCGGUGAAAUCUUUGAGCUUCUCCAUGCAGUUCGAAUGAUUAAAAUGUUUGCAUGGGAGAGUAGCUUUCAUGAAAGACUAAUGUUAUCUCGCAAAAGAGAGCUUACUUAUUUACGAAGUUUGUUUUGUCGCACCACGAUGCUUACAUUACUUGUUCACUUAACACCUUUCCUCGUAACAUUAUUUGCUUUUGCUUCUUUCACUUAUUUCACAAAAACAGACAAUGAUAAAUAUCCCCUGACCGCCGCUAUUGCUUUUACAAGUAUAACAUUGUUCAAUACACUUAAACAGCCUUUACAGAUAUUCCCUAAUUUGGUCGUUGAACUUGUAAGCUUGGGUGUAGCUAUAGGGAGAGUGGAAAAGUUUUUACAUGAACCUGAUGUACAAAGGGGAGGCGCAGGUUUCAGCAUAAAUCCUACAAGGACUUCCGUUGGGUUUAGUAACGUUGAUGUUGCUUGGAAUUAUCAUAUAAAUAUUAGAGAUCAAAAUGAAUUUAUAUUAAGAGGUGUUAAUUUAGAAUUUCCUUUGGAAAAACUUAGCCUUGUCUGUGGACAAAAAUCAUCAGGAAAAUCUCUUCUCUUGCUUUCGCUUCUUCGUGAAACUUUUAUUCUACGAGGAAAAAUUCUUUUUCCUUCCUCAUCUAUUACGUAUGUUCCUCAGCAAGCAUGGUUGGAAAACACAACUUUUAGAGAUAAUAUCUUAUUUGGUGAACCUUUUAAUGAUGAACGGUACUGGAAAAUUGUUGAUUCUUGCUGCUUAACAAAUGACUUUGAAAAUUUUGAUCAAGCUGAUUUCACAGAGUACGAUGAAAAAAAUAUGGUUCUCUCUGACGAACAGAAGGUUCGUAUAGCACUUGCUCGAGCUUUGUAUAGUUCAGCUGAUAUUUUACUUGUUGAUGAUUGUUUAUCCUCCUUGGACAAGAAUACAGCACAUCAAAUUAUCAAUAAUUGCUUUAAAGGUCCGUUGAUUCAUGGUCGGACUGUAAUAAUGGUAACUAAUUACGUGAGAUAUUUUGUGGAUAAUGCAGCUUAUAUUGCUAUUCUUGGAGAUGGAUUAGUUCAGGCAAAAGGUUCUCCAAAAGAUUUGCGUGAAGCUGGUUCGCUCACUGAAGAAGUGCUCGGCAAAGAAAUUAAAACGGAACCAGAACAUAUAGAUAAAAAUGAUCAAAAUCUUGUAAAUCAGGCGAUAGAGAAAUCAGUUGCUGACAAAAAAAAUUGGGCGGUUGAAGAAGCUCGUUUCCAAGGAAAGAUUCAACCUGGAGUUUACUACUUUUUUUUUAAAUCUAGUGGUGAAACCUAUUGGUUAAAAGAAUGGUCAGAGGCUGACGAAAAACCACAGAGAUAUUACAUCCAGAUAUAUGCUCUUAUAGCUUUAGCAUCCGCCUUUUUUACGAUUAUUCGUAUGGCGUGGCAAUUCUUUUUUGUUUCCCUUAAAGGUUCAAAGACUUUAUUUUCAAAGCUCCUAAAUGCUAUACUUAGGGCACCUUUGAGCUUUUUUGAUACCGCUCCGUUAGGCAGGGUAAUGAAUAGGUUUUCAAAAGAUUUAGGAAUGAUUGAUCAAGGUCUUGUAACUGUCAUAUCAAGUUUUAUUGGAAAUGCUAUAGGUGCAAUUAGUGUUCUUGUUGUUGUCACAGUUGUAACACUCAUUUUAUAUCUGAUCAUUGGAAGCAUGUACAUUAAUGUUUCUCGAGAAUUAAAAAGACUUCAGUCAAUUACGCGAUCUCCUGUUUUAUCGUGGUAUACUGAAACGAUAGCAGGUAUUACGACUAUCCGAGCAUUCAAUGCUGAGCAACGAUAUGUUAAAAAACUCAAUACAUCCAAUAGAACGACAUAUCUCUUACAUAUGUCUAAUAGAUGGAUGUCAAUUCGUAUGGGUAGUAUUGGAGCCUUUGCAUCAUAUUUGGCAGGAAUAUUCAUUCUUCGUCACUAUGAUCGCAUUGGUGCUGGGUUGGCUGGUUUCUGUUUAAGCUAUGCACUUGGCUUCGUACAAAUUGUAUUUAUGCUCGUUAAAGAUUAUACUAUUAUGGAAACAAGUUUGAGUAGCGUGGAACGUAUUAAAGAAUAUAUUGAAAUGCCACAAGAACCACCUGCCGUUAUUGAUAACGCGCAUCCUCCAGCUGCAUGGCCGACCAAUGGUAAAAUUGAAGUUUCAAACCUAACAGUACAAUACUCGCCACAAUUCGAACCUGUACUUCGAGAUAUUUCAUUUACCGUAAAUGAAGAAGAAAAAAUAGGAAUCGUUGGAAGAACGGGGUCCGGUAAAACGACACUGGCUAAUUCAUUCCUUCGUCUGACUGAAGCGACUGAAGGAUACAUCAUUAUCGAUGGUUUAGAUAUUUCUAAUUUGGGUUUAGAGGAUUUAAGAUCGCGGUUAACUAUUAUAUCUCAAGAUCCCAUUCUAUUUGAGGGAACUAUUCGCUCGAAUUUGGAUAUUCGAUGUGAAUAUGAUGAUCAAGACUUAUGGGAAGCAUUGAGAAGAGUUCAUCUUGUACACUUUGAAGAAGGUUUGACAAACGAUCAAGUUAUCGUCGUUGGACCAAUAACGAGCUUAGAAGAUCCUGUAAAUGAGGGUGGUAAUAAUUUUUCUAGAGGCCAAAGACAAUUACUUUGUUUAGCUAGAGCUUUACUACGACAGUCCAAGAUAAUUAUCAUGGAUGAGGCAACUGCCAGCAUUGAUCCAGAAACAGAAAAUAAAAUACAGGAAACUAUAAAGAACGAAUUUACUAAUGCCACAGUGCUAUGUAUUUCACAUCGCUUUAAAACCAUUAUAGAUUCGGAUCGAAUUAUUGUUCUGAACGAAGGUGAAAUAGUUGAAUUUGACACACCGUAUCGUCUUAUAAAUAAUAUGGAUAGUUUGUUUAGAAAUUUAUGUGAGCAGACCGGAGAAUUAGAGUCAUUGAUGGAAUUAGCUAGGUUAAACAAUCCAGAAGAGGAGGAAAUGGCAUCAGUUGGGGAAAUAAAUGCUAUAGAUAACGAUGAAAAUGAUCGAGAGGUUUUAUAA